AUGGCAACCACAACUGGAGAUGAAUCCAAACAAUGUCGAAUAUGUUUAGACACUGAUAAUCCAGAUGAUCUUAUUAGUCCAUGUUUAUGUAGUGGUGGUUCAGCUUUUAUUCACAGACAAUGUUUAGAUAGAUGGCGAUCAGAAAACAUACGUGGUAUAGGUUUCAAAUCUUGUGAUAUUUGUCAUUUUGAAUACGUUAUCGAAACUAUUGUCGACGAUCCAAAAGCUGAACGAACACGAUUAUUGAAAUAUUAUGCCUUUGUUAUUCGUGAUACAACAGCAUUAAUUCUUUUAGUUCAGUUAGUCAUUCUUGGUUUAACUUUCAUAGUCAAACGUCUUGAUAAAAAAAGUGAAAAUAUUAAAAAUCAAUUUCCCAAUUGGAUGAAUACAUUUAUAAUCUAUUAUCUGACUACUGUUAUUAUAUUAUUGGCACUUAUAGGUUUUAUUGCUAUGAUUAUUCUUUGUCGAUCAGGUAAUUGGAAUUUCAAUCCGUUUUCAACGGGUCGUUCUGGUACUAAUUCUAAUGGAAUUGUUGCCUGUGUCAUAGUAUUUAUUAUCAUCUUUGUCCUUAUUGGCUUAGUCGUUGGAGUAUUCAUUAGUGGGGUUAUUCUUGGAAAAAUAACGAAACAUCAUUCUAGUAAAUUAUGGCUAAGACAAGAAGCACAAAAAUAUGUUGUCAAAGAUUUUCAAGGAAAAAGAGCAGAAUUAGAAAAAUACAAUCUUACAUUGGCUUCGUUAGCUAUGCCAUGA